AUGUCCGUUGGAUGGGGCAUUGCCAUUAUAUCUGUAUGCAUUUUUUUUGCAGGUUUUAAAUUUCAACAACGGCAAAAAUCUCGUUUCAAUGAUAAAAAAAGAAAAUCAAAGCGAUCCGUAUGUCUUGUAGUAUUGGGAGACAUUGGAAGAAGUCCCCGUAUGCAGUAUCAUGCACUUUCUCUUGCCCAACAUGGUUUUGAAGUAGAUCUUGUAGGUUAUCGAGCAAAUUCAGGUUCAUUUGUAUUUCCAGAUGUAGAUAAAUCGAAAAAUAUCCGGAUAAAAUAUGUUACUCUUCCACCAAAAUUCCUGGAGACACAUAGUUUAUGGCUUUUUUUCCUAACAGGAACAAUCAAAGCAUUUUUUCAAGCAUUUUUCUUAUUUUUUAUAUUAAUCUACUCAACACACUCAUUUGAAUACCUAAUUGUACAAAAUCCACCAUCAAUUCCAUCAUUUGUAGUAACUCGUCUUGUAUGUUUAAUCCGAUCGACCAAAUUGAUUAUUGACUGGCACAAUCUUGGGUAUUCAGUCCUCUCAUUAAAACUAGGGCCUAAUCAUAUAUUGGUGAAAUUUCAUAAAUGGUACGAAAGGGUUUUUGGGAAUUCUGCUGACAUUCAUUUUUCUGUUUCUUACGCAAUGACAUCUUUUCUUAGAGAAAAAUGGAAUUACAAAUCACCAAUCCAUACUUUAUAUGACCGACCACCGAUGCAUUUUAAGCCCCUUGAUAACCUAGAAAAAUCAUCCUUUCUCUCUACAUUUGUUCAUACAUAUGAUUUUGAUAUUUCAAAUGAAAAAACAAAGUUACUAGUUUCUUCAACAUCUUGGACAAUUGAUGAAGAUUUUUCUAUUUUACUAGAAGCAUUUAUUGCUUUCGAUAAAGCAAACAUAAUUCUUAGCAAAGAUUUUGAGCCACCAUCUAUACUUGCAAUUAUUACUGGUAGAGGCCCUUUAAGAAAAUUUUAUGAACAAAAAAUUAAAAGUUUAAAUUUAAAAUAUGUUAAAAUUGUUACAAUAUGGCUAGACGCUAAAGAUUAUCCUCGUUUUAUUGCUAGUGCAGAUUUAGGCAUAUGUCUUCAUACCAGUUCUAGUGGCUUAGAUUUACCAAUGAAAAUAGUGGACAUGUUUGGCUGUGGAAUUCCAGUAUGUGCUAUUGAGUUCCCAGCUCUUACUGAGCUCGUAAAAGAUGGAAAAAAUGGCAUUAUUUUUAAUUCUUCAGCUCAACUUGCAGAUUCUUUGAAGAGGCUAUUCCAUUCUCAUGAAGAAUUGAAAAAAUUAAAAGAAGGAGCAAUGAAAGAAUCCCAAUACCGAUGGCAUAAUGAAUGGGAUGCAAAAAUAGCACCGUUAUUCACAAAACCUCAUCACAUUUCUAAUAAUGCAUCAUAA